AUGUCCGCGGAGCUGAUACUGCGCUCCAAGGAGCUGUUUGCGCGGGUCUUCCAGGAGCCAGCCAACGUUAUCGUCUGUGCGCCCGGGCGCGUCAACUUGAUCGGCGAGCACACCGACUAUAAUGAAGGCUUCGCGAUGCCCUUCUGCAUUGGCAAGUACACGGUGAUUGCGGCGCGACGGAGGACGGGCGCCACAUGUCGCAUCACGUCGGCGGGUGUGCCGGGCGCCAUCUCCACCUUCCCCGGCGACUCCUCCCUCAGCCCCGGGCCAGAGGGCGACUGGACGAACUAUGUGCGCGGCGUCGUCUUCGGAAUGCUGCCGAUGCUGCCCGGAGGGUCGUGCGCCUUCGACGCGGCCGUCGUCUCCGACGUGCCGCUCGGCAGCGGCCUCUCCUCCUCCGCCUCGCUCGAG